AUGUCCGUCUUAUUCACGACUAUCUCAGAGAAGAACCCGGUCACCGUCAAUGACGUCUGCAGCGCUCUUGCUAAAGUUGGCGGCGGCGUCAAACCUCGGGCUGAGGAUGAAGCCGAUUUCGUAAAGCUAUUGGCGGCGUGCCACGAUUGUGCCGCUUCCAUUGACGCUCUGCCUGACUACGAUGUUCCAACGGACGGCAAACGGUUCCCGCGCAAAAAUGUCCAUCGCGUUCAACCGUCCGAGCAAGUGCUUGGCGCCGCGUGGGCGCACACCUUUUCCAUCAAAGAUGAUUUCAUUCAAGGGCCGUUGAGCGGCAAGACCGUGUGUCUGAAAGACUGCAUCUGCGUAGCAGGCGUACCACAGAUCCUGGGAACGGAGAUCAUCGAGCCCUGGGAGCCAACCAGCGACGCAACAGUCGUGACGAGGACGCUAGAGGCUGGUGGCGAGAUUGUAGGCACGGCCAACUGCGAGAACUGGUGUCAGAGCACCAGCUCCUUUUCCAGCGCGCAUGGGACGGUAGAGAACCCACAUGCAGCUGGGUACUCGGCGGGAGGAAGCACCUCUGGUGCUUCGGCACUGGUUGGAGCAGGCCUGGUCGACAUCGCGAUUGGCGCAGAUCAAGGAGGAAGCAUUCGAGUUCCCGCUGCACUUUGCGGCUGCGUGGGUCUGAAGCCGACGUUUGGACUUGUGCCCUAUACCGGCAUCGCGAGCAACGACGCCAUCAAUGACCAUGCUGGACCUCUUGCUAGCAACACGAUGGACACGGCCUUGUGUCUCGACGCCAUAAGCGGAUACGAUGGUAUUGACGACCGCUGCUUCGGAGCGCCCAAGCCCAGUAGCACAACCUUUGCCGCCGACUUGGCUGCCCCAUCAGCAGCCGAUCUCCGUGGCUUCAGGAUUGGGAUCCUUAAAGAAGCUUUUGAGCAAGCCACUGUUGAGCCGCGAAUGAAGACCGCCGUGUUAUCCGCGGCAAACCGAUUCAAGGAGCUCGGUGCCACUGUCGCAGAGGUCUCCGUCCCAGAUCAUAAUCUCGGAACUGCGAUAUGGACCAUACAGCAACGGAUCGCCGGGAGUCUAUCGCUCCUCGGGCAUACAACAGGCCGACGCGGGCAAGGUUUGCCCGCGCUCCAUGCUGCACGACUACCCUGGACGCAGGAGAAGUUCGACAAGUGCUUCCCAACCACGCAAAACACCAUGCUGAACGGCCUGUAUUUGAUGGAGCGUUUCCCAUCCAUCUACGCAAAGACGUUGAACCUCAUCCGCCGCCUCACAGAUUCAUACGACCGGGUGUUGAAGGACUACGACGUGUUAAUUCUCCCGACGACGCCGUUCGUCGCUCCGCGCCAUGGCACACUCACUACCCCGAUCGCAACCAUUGAACCAACGGUAGGAUUGACCUGCAACACGGCCAUGUUCGACGCCACGGGACAUCCUGCGCUGACACUCCCUGUUGGCUGGCUGAGCGCAAAGGACAAUAAGGACAUAUAUCUGCCUGUUGGGAUGCAAGUUAUAGGCGGUAUGUGGGAAGAUGGCAAGGUAUUGCGGGCUGCGUAUGUCUGGGAGCAAUCUUUUGACUGGAAAGCCAUGAAGCCCGUGGUUAACGGCAUGCACUGAACUACUUAGCCGGCACUGUUAGACGAAUGCAG